AUGACCAAAAUCUUUUUUGCACUUUCAGAUAUAAUGCAGACAAAUCGCAUUUACAAUCAAACUUCAAAUAAUUUACCAUGCGUACAACCCCAUUCACCCUACUUGCAUGACAUUUUCGUUGUGACCAAAUAUGAUUUUAUUUAUGGAAAUGCUCCAGUCAUCUGUGAAGAAAUAGUACCAUUGACUGUUGAAUCUGCAAUCAACUUUUUAAGUAAUUCCGAUGAUGAGAAUAACAUUGUCAACACAUUUUAUUAUAUUCAUCCAUUUACCAUGAAGAUUUUUAAAGUAACGCUUGUGUUCCAGUGUGUAACACAAGUGCGGGGGUUUUCUAAAAUAGACCAAGAACAUAUUAAAUCGUGUUUAACUCAACUAUUUGGCUCUCAAAAUAGUGCUAAAUGUAAAUGGGAGGGAGAAUCCACUAAAGUAUUGCUUUUUUAUUUGACUGAAAAUAAAGAAGAUGUACUGCUGCUAGAAUGUCGAGGUUCGAAAGCUGGUAAAGUUAGAAUGUCUCUAUGGAAUGGUGCCGUCACUGCAUUAUUAAAUAAAG